CAGCUUUAUUUGACUUCACACUACACUUGCUGCCUGGACGCGUGAGCUGAGACUGGAGGGAAGCUCAUUGUUGGUGUUUAUUUGCAGUUAUCGCUUAUAUUUGUGGUUGCAAUGAUGGUGAUUGUGGAUUAAUAUUGCUACCUAUUCACGUUUUAACAAGAAAACGUGUCCCAGGUGUAAUGUAGGUGACUUAGGGCAUUCUUUCUGUGUUGGCCUCUCACCAAGUCAGUCAUCAGAAAGACGAGCUUUGCGGUUGUCAGCUGGUACCCGGUAAAGCCCUUCAAAUGUCUUUACUAGAGGAUGUUCUGGAUGUGCUGCGCAUCGUGCUGGAGUAUUUCGGGGUGCCUCCAGACAUGCUGGUUCCAGUGUGGGACAGUCAGCUGUGCGGUCAGUAUCGCAGCAUCGUGCGGAUGAUUGGGACAAAUCUCCCACUGACACCGACACCACGUGUUCACUUUCAGAUCCCUCUGCUCACCUGUAGGCCCCAUGGAUACGUCGACAUUACUGUGGAUACGCCUGCCAUCCCCUCAUUCGCUGAUGUUCUGUGGGUGUUUGAGGAUGAGGGGGACAGCUUUGCCAAGACCAGGAACCAUUUACCUCCAGAGAAGCGAAGGACUGUAAAUCGGGAUGUGGUGAGAUACCCAGGACCAGCACUGCGUCAAGCCCAGGGAGGAGACAGGUCUGUAAGACAAUCAGCCAAUCCAGACGCCCUGAAGAAAAUCACAGCGCUGGAGAGCGAGCUGCUCAAACUACGAGCUCAGAUAGCAAUGAUUGUUACUGUCGGUCCAGCCUCAGGUCUGACAGAGUCCCAGAACGCUGCAGGAACGCCACUGAUGUCGCCUGCCGCAUCGCCAGCUCUGACCUCCACGCCUCGCUGUGCUGCUCCUCCACCUCCACCGCCCCCACCUCCUCCUCCUCCUCCUCCUCCCUGCCCUAGCUCCACCACUGAGACUUUAUCUGUAUUAGAGCUGAUCCAACAGCGCAGGAGGAAUGAGAAAGACCUUGACAAGGGUCAGCUCAAGCCCCAGGGCUCAGGCUCCGGUGGGGGUUCGGGAGUUAAAGGGAUCCCCUCGAUGCUGGAUGUUCUCAAGGACUUAAAUCAAGUUAAAUUGCGCUCUGUGGAGAGAUCACCUGGGGGCACACCAGUCAGGAGGAGACGCAGUAAAGGUGCAGCAUUGCUUAAUGACCCAGCAGCUCUUAUUGCUGAAGCACUAAAGAGAAAAUUCGCCCAUCAUCGCCACAACAAUUCCUCUGACAAAGAGAAUUCACUAGAUCUCUCACCAUUUGGCAGUCCAGAAAUGCCAAAGAUUCCUCAGCACACCAGACGCAGCCAGGGACGCAUCCACCUGUAAAAUCCUGUAAAAUGGUAACUUCUGACCCCAAAAGGUCAAAAGUCAGGACAUCCCAUCCACCAAUCACAGCUGCCACAGAUGUGCCUCACAAACGGAUUACUGCUGCAGCUACUGACUUUCUUUUUUUACUUUUCAUCACCAUUAUCGUUUGUCUGUUCUUUGGUUCUUGUACGAGUGUUUGUCUCACAAUGAACAAAGUGUUUGUGUCUGUUAUGCAUUUCUUUGUUGGGAGCUUUGAAUGUAUAUUUUUGUUACAGAGAUUGAUAUAACCAAGGGUUUUGGUACAGUCAUUUUGUUUUUGUACAGUGGAGUCUUACUGUUUUCAGUGUUAUUGAUAAUGAUAUUUUUAUGUGCAGAGCUCCUUUUUUUUAAAGGAAAUAAUGUGAUAAUAUAUUUAAGCAGGUAUGAACUGUAGCUUAUGCAGAGCAAAGGCAGGUACUGGCUCUACUCGUUUCUUCUAUAUUCAAUCUCUUGAAAUCCUUGUGGGUGCCACUAGCCAGGAGCAAAAGACCUGUCAUAUUAGGCACACACUCACAAAUCUUACAUUUUUAUUAAAUGAUUGCCAAUAGUGCACUGUGUGUAAUCCAGGUUUGUGGUAUCAGUGAUUAUAUUGACCUCAAUUAUCAAAUAUCUUCAGCACGGGUCAUUUGAAACAAUCAUGACUUCCAACAUGAUGCAAAAUAAUUGAUGCGUGGAGUUGAGGUCAAUAUACUUUCCUGCUGAGGAAGGCAGAGCCCGGUAUGUCCAUGUGUAGUGGACUGUUGCAAAUCAUUUAAUAAAAAGAAAAGUGUGAGCGCUCACCUAAUUUGUGAAUGCACUGUAGCAUGUAACACACCUGCCUUAAUGUUUCUUAAAACCUCUAAUCACUUUGUGAGGCCUUAAUUCUUACCUCGGCCAAGUGAAAUGAAUAACAGGGGGAUUGAGAUUCAUGUAGCUCUAUUCUAUGCAACUGCUGCUUCAAGUUGUUUGAUUUUAUUAAAGUGCACUGAUCAUU